CGGCGUGUUAACAAGGAGGGCAGGGCAAGGAGAGAUUAUUUGCUCUAUAAUUUACAUACUAAGGAGAGAACGUCACCCUCCCUCAACCUGAUGUUUGUUAGCCCUAAAGACUCUGACAUGAACGCACACCUGCAGCGAUGAGUUCACCUGGAACUACCGGAACCGCAAGAAAAGUCUCUCUGCUGCCACGUCUCAGCAUUAACUAAGAGAAACAGAGCGAGGCGCACCAGGCAAACAUGGUCAAGGAAACAGGCUUCUACGACACGUUGGGUGUGAAACCUAACGCUACUCCCGAUGAGCUGAAACGGGCCUAUCGCAAACUAGCUUUGAAAUAUCACCCUGACAAAAAUCCUACAGAAGGAGAGAAGUUCAAACAGAUCUCACAGGCGUACGAGGUGUUGUCCGAUGCCAAGAAGAGGGAGCUAUACGACCGUGGAGGUGAAAAGGCUAUAAAGGAAGGAGGGACCGGUGGCGGUGGAGGUGGGAGCUUUGCAUCGCCGAUGGACAUCUUCGACCUGUUUUUUGGCGGGGGAAGUCGGAUGCACAGAGAGCGAAAAGGGAAGAACAUCGUUCAUCAGAUUUCAGUGACACUGGAAGAUCUUUAUAACGGAGCCACAAGAAAGCUCGCUCUACAGAAGAAUACUGUUUGUGAGAGAUGUGAAGGUCGUGGGAGUCGGAAAGGAGCUGCGCAGAUGUGCAUGACGUGCCAUGGCACGGGCAUGCAGGUCCGCAUGCAUCAGCUAGUACCAGGUAUGGUCCAGCAAGUGUCCACAGUGUGCCACAGCUGUCAGGGCCAAGGACAGAGAAUCAGCCACAAGGACCGCUGCAAAGCGUGCGGGGGUCGAAAGAUCAUGCGCCAGAAGAAGAUUUUGGAGGUCCACGUCGACAAAGGCAUGAGAGACGGCCAGAAGAUCGUUUUCCAUGGAGAGGGGGACCAGGAGCCGGGGAUCGAGCCAGGUGACAUCAUCAUCGUGUUGGACCAACGAGAACAUUCACAUUUCACCAGAAAAGGAGAAGACCUGGUCAUGUCAAUGGAGCUGCAGCUGGUUGAGGCUCUGUGUGGUUUCAAGAAGCCUGUUAAGACACUGGACAACAGAACUCUCCUCAUCACCUCACAUCCAGGGGAACUGAUCAAACCUGGUGACACAAAGUGCGUCUUGAAUGAAGGCAUGCCUAUGCAUCGCAGGCCGUUUGAGAAGGGACGACUUAUCAUUCACUUCUCGGUGGUUUUCCCACAGGCCAACUUCCUCCCUCAGCAGAGGCUGAAGGAACUGGAGCGCUACCUCCCAGAAAAGCUGGACGCAGAGCAGCCGGAGAGUAUGGACGAUGACCUCUACAUCUACGCCGACCUGGAGGACUGUGACUUUGAGAACCGAAAAAGACACAACCAUCAGUACUACUACAUGGACGAAGACGACUGCAGCGGAGGUGUUCAGUGCCAGACGUCUUAAAUAACAACUGACCUGUCCUCACGCCAGAAGCCCAAACCCUCAUCUCUAAAGCAAAGCACCUUUUUGCACUUUUUAUUUAAUUACUUCUCUUAACUCUCUUACGUGUUGUUGUUUUUUUUUUUUUUUUUUUUUUGUUUCUUUCCAGCCGAAUCAUGAAACUGUGUCCCAACACCCUCCUGAUUUAUUAUAGUACUUUUUCUAUGGAAAGCUUCGAUCAGGGUGAAUGGGAUUCUUUUUCAUCACUGGGGCCUUUUUUUAUUUUUAUUUUUAAAUUUUUUCCCAGUCACACUGUGAUUAGAGACGAGGGCUGGUAUAAAAGAGGCUUCAGAGACUGCCUGCUUUACAUCCAGUUACACUAAAAUGGAUGCCAACAUUAAUAUGAAAAUAACCUUUUUUCUUUUUUUUUUAUAGUGUUACUAAAUCGGUUGUUGUCGUGAACCACUUGUUGAUGACUUGUUCAAUAAUGUUGUAUGUGUGUGAACGCCCGGUCUUCAGAUGGUGGUGGAGAGGGAUGCGCAUUGAGACUUGAGUUAAAGCGUUUAUGCUGUUUUACCCUUUCAAGGGCUAUUUUCUAGACAUUUGUAAACAAUCUUGAAAAUGUGACGAGAAGACGUGAGUCGAGGGUAAAGGUGAUAAUAAUUCAAGCGUGGCGGUUCAAGGUUCAAGCCACUCAGUAGUAGAUCAUUGAGACUAAUAUUUAAAUUUUGUUUAAUAUUUUUAUUUUUAAGAUACAAUCAGAUGUUUUAGAUGUGUAUACAGUUUGUUAUGAGCCAAACACACUAUGUCUGCAGUUCAGUGGCAGGGUGGGUGUUCAGAAGCAAAAGGUAAGAAGGUAUGAGUAAGAAGUCACUUUAUUUUUAAAAACAAAUCAAGGGGGUUUCCAAGACUUUAACUCAGACUCAUGUAUGCAUAUUUUAUCGUGAUUAUAUGUUCCAGAUUUUAUGUAGUUUUCCCUUAAAGAUAUCCAGAUCCACCUGUUUUUAUGUGACACGACCCUAAUCCCUCGAUGGCAAGUGUUUUCCUUCUCUUUCUAAAGGUGCCAAGCUGCAUCCGAGUUGUACAAAAAAAAAAAGAGUGGCUAAUGUCUGUUAGUUGAAUAUUCUCGAGAGUUACACAUAUGGGAUUUAAAAAAUCGUUAUUCAAGACUGGAAUUUCAACAAGCUUAUUAAGUGUGUCUCGUCUUAAUUCUCCUCCCGAGUUGUAAAUUGCCAAAUGGGUCGGUGGGAGCUUAUGGAGGGACUUUAAAAAUCGGCACACCUGAUACCUCAAUGAAGUGUCUGCCUGUUCGAAAGCCUUAUCAGAACUUGACUGAAGCUGCGCGAUAAUGCAAAUGUCUUUCGGUGGUGACUUUGCCUUGGAUAAGUUAAAAAAAACACAAAAAAAACAA